CACUGUUUAACCCUGAUGGCAAUGUUUGUGAUAUUGGCUGCUGUUGCCGUGCUGCUGGAGACAGCCGCUGCCGCCUCCCUCGGCGUCGUUUACACCGAGGGAGGGAUGGUGGAGGGUCAGAACAUUCGCCUGGGAUUCCGCCAUCACAUGGACAUUUUUAGAGGCAUUCCCUUUGCUGAUGUCCCCGGGAGGUUCGAGAAGCCAAAGCGUCACCCUGGCUGGGAUGGUGUUCUGAAAGCCAAGGAGUACAGGAACAGAUGCCUUCAGCUCAACCUCCUUAUGAAUGAUGUCCGAGGCAGUGAGGACUGUCUUUACCUUAAUGUCUGGGUUCCACACACUGGCGGCAAAGUGUCCACUAAUCUGCCUGUCAUGGUCUGGCUCUACGGAGGAGCCUUCCUGUUUGGAGGUUCAAUGGGAGCGAACUUCUUGGAUAACUAUUUGUACAGUGGGCAGGAAAUUGCAGACAGGGGAAAUCUUAUUGUGGUGACGCUGGGAUACCGUGUAGGAAGCCUGGGCUUCCUGAGCACCGGAGACUCUGACAUGCCUGGAAAUUAUGGUCUGUGGGACCAGCAGGCUGCCAUCGCCUGGGUGCACAGGAACAUUCGAUCGUUUGGAGGAAACCCAGACACCAUCACCAUCUUUGGAGAGUCUGCAGGAGGAGCCAGUGUUAGUUUCCAGACCCUUACUCCUCACAACAAAGGGCUUUUCAAGAGAGCCAUCUCCCAGAGUGGGGUUGCCACUUGCCCGUGGGCAGUCAACAAAAACCCCCGCAAAUUUGCUGAGGAGGUUGCUCUGAAAGUCAACUGCCCCACCGAUCACAACAUGGCCAACUGUCUGAAGAUGACCGAUCCCAAGGCCCUGACCAUGGCGGGAACUCUCAGUUUGUCCAGCUCUCCUGACAGCCCCCUGGUGUACAACUUGGUCCUGUCUCCUGUGAUUGAUGGUGAUUUCCUGCCCGAUGAGCCUCACAACUUGUUCCACAACACCGCUGACAUCGACUACAUGGCUGGAGUCAACGACAUGGACGGACACCUCUUCACCGGAUCCGAUGUCCCAUCGGUCAACUCUCAGCUGGUGGACACCCCUAUUGAAGAUGUCAAGAGGCUUUUGGGCUCUCUGACUAAAGAGAAGGGCACUCUUGGUUUGGAAAACGCAUACUCCACUUACACCUUAGACUGGGGGUCCAAACCCAGCAGGGAGACCAUCAAGAAAACUGUUGUGGACAUCGAGACAGACUACAUUUUCCUGAUUCCCACUCAGACUGCUCUCUACCUUCAUGCUGCCAAUGCCAAAACCGGACGCACCUACUCUUACCUGUUCUCUGAACCCAAUCGUUUGGGAGGCAUCCUCACGCCGUUCCCCAGCUGGUUAGGAGCUGACCAUGCUGACGACCUGCAGUAUGUGUUUGGAAAGCCUUUAAGCACACCGCUGGGUUACUGGCCACGACAUCGUGACGUCUCCCGAUACAUGAUCGCCUACUGGACCAACUUUGCCAAGACCGGAAAUCCAAACAAAGGAGACUUGAGCGUGCCCGUUGCCUGGCCAGCGUUCUCGUCCGCCGAACACAAGUUCAUUGAGAUCCACUCCAAUAUGAACAAUGGUUAUGUGAGGCAGAAACUGAGGCUGCGUUACGUGAACUUCUGGACCAGCGUCUUUCCCAACCUUCCCGUUGUUGCCUCAGAACAAAAAAAACAUUAGAACUGAUUAAUACAAAUUAUAGUAAUA